UUGUGUCAAAUUCUAUGUUAUCAACCUAUUAUAAUACUAAUUUCCUAGAAGCAUUUUUUCUGUGUGUUAAUACUGUCUUGUUUUAUUGAUUCGCACCCACUCUAGGAUUCUUGUUUUAGUUUUUAACUUGAUAGUGAUUUUUUAUUUAAUUAAAUUAGGCCUAUUCAUUGACUUUUCUAUUUCUAGGUUGCUUCAAUUUGUUAAAAUGGCAGCAUUCCCUGCUGUUGCCACGGUGAUUGGAGUUAGUAAAGAAAUAGCUGAGAGUGGUCCACUGUUGGCCACUCUGGCCAUGGAUCCUGGGUUGAUGGUACAGCCUCCUGCUCCUCCUAUGAACCUGCCUGAAGAGACGGAAGUGGAGAUCAAAGCCAGUGACCCUGUCACUCAGGCGGUUGUUGACAACAUUAUAGGAAAACUUCCAACAACGAAAGAACAGGUCAGACUGAAAUGUGAAGUUUGUAAUAUUGAAGUUUCUGGUCCUGAAAUUCUUCAAAUUCAUUAUGCUGGUUCUAAGCAUGCUAAAAAGCUGAAAGCUCAGGAGCUGAUAAAGGAGAUUGCUAACUCUCCCAACUCUGUGUUUGUUUUGGCGAACCCCUCAGAAGGCUCUGUCCCCAACACUAAAGAGUUCUCGUGCAAGAUAUGUAAUGUAAGGCUCAACUCACACCUACAGCUGCAACAACAUCUGUCAGGUUCUAAACACAAAAGUAAAGCCGAAGCAAAUAAAUCCAACACAGUACAAGUGGCUGAUACCAGUGGAAGCAAUCAAGGUGUGGUGAAUGUGGACAUUGGACCGAAUCGUUUGUACUGCGCAGCAUGCAAUGUUCAUGUCAACUCCGAUCUUCAACUGCAUCAGCAUAUUACGUCGAGUAAACAUGCUUACAAAGUUAAUGGGAAAGCACCUAACAACCGAGGAGCUCCUUACGCCAGACGGUUUCCUACAGGCAAGCCUUGGAGCAGACCUGCCGUUGGUGCUAGGCCCAUGUUCAGCGGAGGCUGGCGUCCAGGCCGAGGUGGUAUGUUUCCCCAGCACAUGAUGCCGUUUCACAAACAUUUCAUGCCGGGUGGGACUCUUUCCGGUUAUUGAUAAGAAGAUUUAAAGAAUGUAUCAAGAUUCCAGUCACUAUUAUUUGGGGAAAUCAAAAU